AUGCGAUUUGGACGCUAUGGGGAAGUGGAAGGUCUAGAGGAGGCAAUUGAGCUUCGCCGUGCUGCUUUGAAGUUUUGCCUAGACGACGAUCCGAAUCGUUCCGCGUCUCUGAACAAACUUGCGAAUACCCUUCAAACUCGAUUUCAGCGACACGGGCAGGCCACGGACCUUGAAGAAGCCAUUGAGCAUCAUCAAGCCUCACUGCAACUCCGUCCCGAUGGACAUCCAUAUCGUUUCAUAUCUCUAAACGACCUUGCAGUUUCUCUUCGAGCUCAAUUUCAGCGGCAGGGACGGACUGCGGACCUCGAUGAGGCCAUCGUGCACCAUCGUGCUGCCAUGCGACUUUGUACAGACGACCAUCCCGAUCGUUCCGCAUCUCUGAAUAACCUUGCAGGUUCCCUUGUAACCCGAUGGCAGCAGCACGGACGGACUGCAGACCUCGACGAGGCUAUCGAAUGCCAUCGCGCUGCCUUGCAACUUCGCCCUGAGGGCCAUCCAAAAUGUUCCGUAUCACUAAAUAAACUUGCGACUUCCCUUCAAACUCGAUUCCAGUGGCGUGGUCAGAUUGCAGACCUUGAUGAAGCUAUCGAAUUUUAUCGUGCUGCUCUAGCCCUUCCCCCAGGUGGCCAUCCCGAUCGUUCCAUGUCUCUGAAUAACCUUGCUGCUUCCCUUCGCACUCGAUUUCGACGGCAUGGACAGGCUGCAGGCCUUGACGAGGCUAUCGAACAUCUUCGUGCUGCACUGCAACUUUGCCCUGACGGCCAUCCUGACCAUUCCGUAUCUCUAAACAAACUUGCGAAUUUCCUUCUAUUUCGAUUUCAACAGUAUGGACAGAUUGCAGACCUUGAUGAGGGCAUCGAGCAUCAUCGUGCUGCCUUGCAACUUCGCACCGAGGGCCACCAUAAUCGUUCCAUAUCUCUGAAUAAUCUUGCAGCUUUCCUUCAAACUCGAUUUCAUCGUUGUGGACGGACCGCGGACCUCGAUGAAGCCAUUGAACAUUGUCGUGCUGUCCUGCACCUUCGCCCCGAUGGACAUCCCAAUCGUUCUGGGUCUCUGAAUAACCUUGCUGCUGCUCUUUGUACUCGAUUCCAACAGCACGGGCAGGCUGCAGAUAUUGAUGAAGCCAUUGCACAUCAUCGUGAUGCCCUGAAACUCCGACCCGAUGGCCAUCCUGAUCGUUCUGCAUUCAUGCACAACCUUGCAACUUCUCUCCAAGCCCGAUUUGAAUGUUAUGGCCAGGCAGCCGAUCUUGACGAUGCAAUAGAGUAUUGCUAUGCUGCCCUGCAGCUUCGUCCCGAUGGGCAUCCUAAUCGCUUCACAACUCUAAAUAGCCUUACAGCUUCCCUUCAAAUUCGAUUUCAACAGUAUGGACGGAGUGCAGACCUUGAGGAGGCUAUCAAAUAUACUCGUGUCGCCUUGGAACUUUGUCCCGAUGGUCAUCCAAAACGAUCCAUACCCCUAAAUAACCUCGCAAAUUUCCUUCAGCUUCAAUUUCAACAGGAUGGAUGGAACGUAAAUCUUAAUGAAGCCAUCAAGUAUUAUCGUGCUGCCCUAGAACUUCGCCCUGAUGGUCAUUUCGAUCGUGCUGAGCCUCUGAAUAACCUUGCUGCUGCCCUUUUUGCUCGAUUUCAUCAGCACGGACGGCCUGCAGACCUUGAAGAGGCUAUUGAACAUGAUCGUGCUACCCUGGAACUUCUCCCUGACGGCCAUCUCAAUCGCGCUGUGCCUCUGAAUAGCCUUGCGCUUUUCCUUCGAGCUAGGUUCGAACAGCAUGGACGGACUAUCGAUCUUGAUGAUGCUAUAGAGUAUCAUCGUGUUGCCCUGCAGCUGCGCCCUGACGGCCAUCCCGAUCGUCCCAUGUCUCUGAAUAAUCUUGCGAAUUCGCUUCAGACUCGAUUUCAAUUGCAUGGACAGUCCGCAGACCUUGAUGAAGCCAUCGAGCAUCAUUAUGCGGCCCGGCAACUUCGCCCCAACGGCCACCCCGAUCAGUUCAUGUCCCUGAACAAUCUUGCUUAUUCCCUUCAAAGUCGAUUCAAACAACUUGGACGGAAUGUGGACCUUGAAGAGGCCAUCAAGUAUGAUCGUGCUGUCCUGGAACUCCUUCCUGAGGGCCAUCCCAAUCGAUUUGAGUCUCUAAGUAACCUUGCAACCUCCCUUCAUGUCCGCUUUCAACAGCAUGGACAGACGGAUGACCUCGAUAAUGCCAUUGAGUUUCACCGCACGGCCUUGAAUCUUUUCCCAGAAGGCCAUCCCGAUCUUUCUGCAGCACUAGAGAGCUUUGCUUCUUCAUUGCUCCCUCAGUUCAAGAAGUUUAUGCUUUUGGACAAUUUCGAAGAGUGUAUGCAAUCACUCGAACGUGCUACCAUGCAUAAGUUCUCAAGCUCGUUAGUACGACUUAGGACCGCCAAUUUAUGGGCUACCCUUGCCCAAAGUUAUAGCCAUCAUUCCACGACGAGAGCUCACAGGGCGGCAAUGAUGCUCCUGCAACGCGCUCUCGUCGUCAGUCCUACUCUUCAUACUCAACACGACUUCCUCAUUCGUGAUCACGACUACAGAACGUUCCCACUAGACGCAGCUGCCUUUGCUGCAGAAGAAAACAGGCUUGAAGAGGCUAUAGAGAUACUCAAACAAGGGAGAGGUUUACUCUGGUCGCAGAUGCGCGGAUUAAGGACACCUUUAGAUCAUCUUGCAGAAUCAAAUGAAGAGCUCGCAGACAGGUUUAGGGAUGUUAGUCACCAAUUGGAGGUUCUCGUCCUGCGACCUGAUUCAAGCAUCGUCGGAAGAGGACCACCUUUGUUAGAUGUGCCCAGGGAACGGCAGUUGUUCGACGAGAGGCUGAAGCUAAAGAGGCAACUCUCUGAUGAGCAGGAGAAGAUUAUCAAUGAGAUACGACAGAUGCCUGGGUUUGAGAGCUUUCUUGCCGCUAAGUCAUUUAAAGAUCUCCAGCAGGCGGCAGAGGGUCCGGUUAUUUUGGUAAAUCAUAACGAAUACCGAUCCGACGCGCUCAUAAUACUCUCCCGCGAGGAUCUAUCGGUCGUCUGUGUUCCAUUAUACGAAGGGUUCUACACUGAUAGCAUUCAAGUGUACACCAAGCUCCUAGAGACACGAAGGAGUUUUACGGCUGACUCGUCAGAAUAUGAUGAAAUACUCGUCGAAGCGAUGAAGAUGUUGUGGGACAGGGUUGUUUCCAAAGUCGUCGAUAAACUGAAGGAGCUCGGGAUUUCUGAAGGAUCGCGCAUUUGGUGGUGUCCUACGUCUGUGCUGUCUGCGCUUCCCUUCCAUGCUGCUGGUCCGUUCGAGCGACGAGGAUACGGACAGCACUAUGAAGCAUCUGUUGGAUAA